UUAUUUAUCUUGUUUGCUGGCUUUUUUUAUGCUCAACUAUGGGCUAAGGAAUACUUGAUAUGGUAGCUAAAUUUAUACAUUGUAAUGAUAAUAAACGUAGCUAGUAGCUAUCUGAUAUGGUUCAUUACGAUUUACUGUAGCUAUUGGGUAUUUGAUCGCAUUACUUUGAGAUGUAGAAUGUUAAUCUGCAGCUGGAGAUCAUCAUGGAAAGUUGUUUGAGAAUAUAGUAAGCACUUAUAGUUUUUGUGUAACAAUUCUCUAUACAUAAUGCAUAGCAAUGGCAAAUAUAUGCCUAUACUAAAACAAAAACUCCACUGAGUGCUUUAAAUAAACCAUGUCUUUUAAAGUAAUUAUUCUAUGAAUGUGUAUAAUAAAAUUUAAUAUUAUGUGUAUUGUUUGUUUUUUCACUUCUUCACUUCAUAUAUAAUAUUGAGGUUGGCUCAUUACAGACACAGACUGUAUAGUAUACAAAGUAUUGAGUAUCCACCUGUUUCGGUCAUCUAAUGUUCAUCUAUUCUAGACUGUUUAAUUCCUAUUUCACCGUGUACUUAAGCUUUUUAAAGGGACACUAGAUAUUUGUAAGAAAACUAACUUCAAGGGGUAAUAAUAACAUCAUUUACACCAGAAUUAUGAUGUUUCUUAGCUUAUAUAAAAUACAGAAGUAACAAAUCAACUUUUCAAUACCCCUAUACCCUUCACAAUACCUUAUUUAGUAUUCUACAUAAGGUUUGGGUGCGAUAUACCAGGCCAUUUUAAGCACAUUUUAUUUUCCUUAUAAGUCUAACAUGCGUGCUUUUUGUGUAUGUUUUUAUAUGUACAGCCUUAACAGGCAAUCACCCCCUCCCCCUCACUGGGGAUUUGAAACUGGGAGACGAGGACUUGUACAGCCCUUCCUCUUCCUUUGCCGUGCAAUCUCGCUCACUAUCCAUAGAAUGCGUAGACAUUCUUCCUCAUUUUUGGAAUUAAUAUCACGGGUACGAUUUGUCAUUGUGAUCUGUGUUUUAUGACCCCUCUCCUUCACUGUUAACUGAAGUACCUACUUCUGAGUACUUUGUGAAUCAGUUAUGAUUGGGGGUUAAUAUGCCACACAGUUAGUAUGGCUAAAAGUUGGAUUCACUUCAUCUUUGGGGUUCAGACCCCGACACAUAUGUUCAUUUUUCACAGAUUCAGUUUGCAUGCUUUCAUUUAUCAUUGACCAUGCUCCUAUGUUAUUUGUUGUCCAUACACCUUUUGUCUGAGGCUUUCUACCAUCCUCCUGAGGCAUUUCAAAAGAAGCUUAUUCUUUACUUUGUCCAGAUUGAGGGGUUUUGGACUUUCCACACGUGUAGUGUCUCCUCUCUCUCAUACAGUCCGCUCCUCAUCCAUGUCCGUGUACCAAUGUAAGUGACACAUAUUUUGACGUUAGAUAUUCUCCCUUAUCACCUUCCAUUCCUUAUCAUUCUGUAUUCUGUACUUGGUUGUUUUGCAAGGGUCUGUCUGUCUUGACUAUUGCUGGUAUUUCCCUCUAUCACAGUGUAUUUUCCUCACCUAUUACUUUCUUAGGUUUUGGUUUAUGCAUCUACAAUGUCCUCCUCUUUUCACUCAAUUGUCGGAUUGGAAUCUCACUGUUGUCUUCCAUGCCCUUUCCCUUCUUCCCUUUGAAUCUUUUAUCUUCCUGCUCCUUGUACAUCGCAUCCUAUACUACGAAACUUAUGUUCUCCUAUGUCCCAAUCAUUUCUACUGAUUCUGGAUUUUACUGUGGCAGGUGGUACCUGUCCAUAUAUACUUUUAUUCAACAUCUACACCAUUAGAUCUCACAGGUCUCUAAUGUUCAUUGUUGAGAUGGGGUUUUCCACAAGAAUGCUCGCAGAUUCAUCCUCACGGUAUAUUGCUUCAUAAGUAUGUUUGUACUGGACUGUACUCUUCCGGACUAACAUGAGUAAAGCAGAAGAGGAUUACUGUCCAUCCCUGGCACUCAAUUAUAUUGCCUUACAACUGUGUAAACAUACAUUUAUUCAAUAUCCAUUUUGCAAAGAGCUACCAAUUACAGAAUAAAGUAUGGAUAGAUGUCAGACUUUCAAGCUUAACCUACUGAAAUCAAAGCAUUGUGGGCUACUGUCACUAGAAGAUGGACCACCACCACUAGAAUGGGAUGGACCACCACCACUAGAGUGGGAUGGACCACCACCACUAGAGUGGGACGGACCACCACCACUAGAGUUGAAUGGACCACCACCACUAGAGAAGGAUGAACCACCACCACCACUAGAGUUUGAUGAUACUUCUUUUCUAGAAAUAUUUUAUCAAGCAGAAAGACAAUGUCACCAAUCAGUUGAAUACAGACAAAACAAUGUAAGAACACCUAUAAAACAAGGAUAUCAUCACAGUUUGUAUCAGCCACAUGGUCACAUGUACAAAUCAGUUGUAGAAUCUCAACCUAUGUACAUAAAAGUAUCUUCAUCCACUUUAUACCCAAACAUCGAGGAGAUGGGGUCAACUGAGUUUGAUGAGCCUUCCUGUAUUUCAAAUUAUGAGAGAUCUUAUGAUCAUCAAGUGUAUACCCUAGUUUUUGUAGCUAAUUUUUCAUAUGGAACAUCUCAGAAAGAAAUUAUGAAGCUUUUUGAGGUGUAUAAGCCGUUAGAUGUAAGAAUGAUAAUUACUGCACCAAGUGGAACUGGAGAAUUCACACAAGCUCUAGUACUGUUACCUUCACCUGAAGAUGCUGAAGCAGCUGUAAUGAAACUGAAUAACACUAUUUUCAAGAAACGACGUAUAGUUGUAUCCACUGAAGCAAGGGAUAUUGAAAGGGCUUGUGGAAUACUGGAACAGAACAAUUACUUUGGAAAAUACAACGGUACAUCAGUUGUUUCAUUCCAUGUCACAGCUUAACUUAAAUAACUGUUUCUUACAGAUAUUCCCAUUACAAUGAAACCUUAAACAAUCAUUGGGCACUAUCAUAUCCAAUAUGUGUAUUAUUAUUAUCCUUAUAGAAUACUUAAAGACUAUUUCGUUUAUUUAGACUCAUAAUUAUUCUGAGCUUGGUAUUUUCUGCAUGACUUUUGAAAUACUGUAAUAGAUACAUGUGAACUAAUACUUUUUUGUUGAAAGAUUUCUUUCAAAGCUUUGAGUAUUGUGGACAAUUUGGUUUUUGUUUGUCUUAGAUUAAUUUUUAAAUGCAAGUUUUGGGAAAUACUAGAACUCGUUUUAAACGUUAUUUUUUUGUGGAUGACUUUUUCCUGUGGUUUAAAUAAAGCAAAUUCAGGUUUGCUUUCAAUUACAUUACCUGUUUUUUGUUAUUAUUUAAUAAAAUACAAACUUAUUGAUUUCCUUCUUAAGCUGUGAAACUUUAUUUUAGAUUGUUGUGGUAUUUAAAAUAUUAUUCAUUAAUUUUCAAAAGGUCCUUUUUAUGAGAAUGAGAACAUCUCUGAAAUCUUCUAUAUUGUAAUUUCCAUUCGAAGUUAAUGAUUUUUUUUAAACACAAAGUUGCAUUAGCAGUUUGCAGAUGCAUAUAUAUUUUUCCACCAAACAUUUCUUUGAAUAUGUCCUGCUAUUUGCUUUGUAAAUUACCAUUAUGCAGUAUUUUACAUUAUAUUGAUGCAAGUUUGAAGUAUUUGUCCAAUUAGUCAUGUAUUUUGAAAAAUAAAAAUGGAGGA